AUGGUUGAAAUGGAAGAGCGAGAUGUUCCAACGAUUCCCGGAGAGCCUCUUGGUCAAGAAAUGACUAGGUUUUUGAAGGGAGUCGUCAGCACCAUCACCAGAGUUCCUCCUACUACCUUCCCUGGGUCGCAGCCCGUAAGCUUUCAAAGAGUCCAUUUGGAGGACAACUUGAUGAAUAAGGAUUACUACGUGUGUGAGAAAUCUGAUGGCCUGCGCUGUCUGCUUUUGACGCUAUUACACCCAGAAACCGGGGAUGAGGGAACAUUUUUGAUCACCCGAGCUAAUGAGUAUUUUAUGGUACCAAAUUUUCAUUUUCCUUUAAGCCCAAAUGAUUUUUCCAAACCUCACAAUGGGACGAUUGUGGAUGGCGAACUUGUCUUGAGCAGAACGCCCGAAGGCACCAAACAAUUGAGGUACCUGAUUUUCGACUGUCUUGCCUACAACGGAGAGUCUGUCAUGAAUAAACUGACUCCCAAGAGACUUUACUACGCAAGUGAAUUGUUCUACAAACCAUAUAGAAAACUAAGAGAAAAACAUCCUGUUGACUGUCAGAAUUUUCCAUUUAAAUUGUACUUCAAGGAUAUGACUGAACCGUUCAAGAUCUCCAAGAUAUUUCAGCAGUUGCACAACCUGUCCUAUGUUUCUGAUGGUCUUAUAUUGACAUGUUCAGAGACCCCGUAUGUGGUCGGAACAGAUUCUACAUUGUUGAAGUGGAAACCUGCGGAGGAAAAUACCAUUGAUUUCAAGCUUUUGCUGGAGUUCCCCAAGUAUGAAGAUGAAGACGUUCCUGAAGGUCCAGAUCGAGUCUACCCUGAUUACGACUCCAAGCCGACUAUAUAUUUGUAUGAGUGGGUAGGUGGACAAUCUGCCGUCAACUCCACUGAUCCUGAGAAGUACGAGGCUGAUUUUUCGAAGCACCAAGAGUUCGGCCAGCUUACUCUUACAGAUGAAGAAUGGCAAGAAUUGAAGGAGUCUGGUGAAAGGUUCAAUGGUAGAAUAGCAGAGGUGAAUCAGGAUAAAAGUAAGCAUUGGAGACUCCUUCGGUUUAGAGACGAUAAAUUGAAUGCCAACCACUACACUGUUGUGGGGAAAGUAAUACAAUCUAUCAGAGAUGGGGUGACGAAAGAAGAAUUGAUUCAAGCACAGGAGCAAAUACGUAAGAACUGGGAAAUUCGUCAAAGAAGAAGAAAAGAGAUGGCAGCAGGUGCUGCUGCUAACGGUGGACAAACAUCCCAUAGGUCUGCCCCUGCUCCUGUUAAACCACCCACACAACAAAGACCGCAACCAGUGCCCCAACAGAAACCCACAACUGAAUUGAAAAGGCCAUUAGAAGAUCAAGAAUCUUCCGAUGACGCAUUGGAUGAAUUUCCAACGUAUGACAGAUCACCAAGCCCUGAUUAUUCCCGAAAAAAGGUUAAAGGAGAGUAG